UUACCGGGUUAACGUGUAUUCUUGUUCUGAGUUAGCUUCAGUCCCCAAAUUUGUUCUCUUCCAAAUUUUGUGCGCUGCUUCCAAAACCUUUAUAUAGUAGUAUAUCAUACGCGCUGCCCGACAUCCAGCGAUAGCUUACGCUUCUAUUCUCACAGUUCAGACAUGAAGAUUCCUCGUUCAUUUCUCGCCUGUUUCUCGGCAACAGUCAAAGACCCAAGACAGCUAGGUAUAUCCCUUCCGCUGAUCGACAUCACUGGGAAAGCAUUUCGUGUAUUCUCUCGCAGCGAAUUGAAAUUGGCCACUCGUGGUUUCAAUUCCUGGGACAAGAUUGGACAAGGGGGAUUCGGUUCUGUUUACAAGGGGCAACUUAGGAACGGCAAUGUAGUGGCCGUGAAAGUGCUUUCAAUCGAACUGGAAUCCAUGCGAGGAGAAACUGAGUUCGUGGCAGAAUUGGCCACAAUGUCUCGUAUCAAGCACGAAAAUUUAGUUAGUCUUCAAGGUUGUUGCGUCGAAGAAGCCCGACGAUAUUUAGUCUUCGAUUACAUGGAAAACAAUAGCCUGUCCCGCACCUUUUUAGGCACAGAGGAAAGCAGGAUGAAAUUCAGAUGGGAAUUGAGGAGGAACAUAUCUAUAGGCGUGGCUCGUGGCCUUGCCUAUCUCCAUGAGCAACUAAAACCCCACAUUGUCCACAGAGAUAUCAAACCCAGCAACAUCCUUCUCGAUCAAGACUUCACACCCAAACUAUCUGACUUCGGUUUCGCAAAGUUAUUUAUGGACGGCGAGUCCUACGUCAGUACUAGAGUCGCAGGGACAUUAGGCUAUCUUGCUCCGGAGUAUGCCACUACUGGAAAGUUGACGCGAAAGUCGGAUGUUUAUAGCUUUGGAGUAUUACUCUUACAAAUUGUUAGCGGCCAACCGGCAGUUGAUGCUUAUCAGGACAUGGAUCGUUUCCUAGUAGAGAAGGUGUGGGCGGCUUAUAAAGCCGAAGAGCUAGCAAAAAUGGUGGAUCCUAUGAUUACAAAUGUGAACUUGGUAGCGGAAGAAGUAGUUCGAUUCCUAAAAGUGGGGCUGCUUUGCGUGCAAGAAAUCGCCAGGCUUCGGCCACGAAUGACAGAGGCCGUUGAAAUGUUGAGCGGCAGCUAUAAUAUUAAUGACAUGGAAGGUGUUCCUAUUUCAAAACCAGGCUUUGUUGCUGAUCUCAGAAACAUCAAAAUAAGGCAGCAAAUGCCUGUAACUGUAAGUCCCGAAUCCAUUUCCAGUGGAGCCAACCAGGAUAUUUGGAGUUCCGUCAUUGUCGCCCGUUAAAUAAAUUCUUCAGGAUUGAUUUUGAUUCAUCAAGUUUUGAUUUUGCUCGUCUCUCUGUGUAUAGUCAUUUCUAGGUAAUUGUGCCCCUGCCCUUCCGCCGCCUCUAACAUAGCGUGUAACUUUUAUCAGUUUGUACAUGACCGCCAUUAUUUGUUAUUGAAAUUAAUUCAAGUUAAUUAGAGGCCGA